AUGGACGUGCGCCCCAUCUUCUUCAAGGAUGAAGCUGGCAAUGAUUCUGAUCCCACUUCUCUGAAGUUGAACAUGUACUAUUACAAAGCCAACCUUACAUCUACCCAUUUUUUGUCAAACCAGAUGAAGCUGGCAAUGAUUCUGAUCCCACUUCUCUUCCUAGCUACUGCAUCUGCAGAUCUUUUACAGAAUCCAGAUUUUGAAGUCCCGCCAUCAAACUUACCGGGAAACUCCAGUGCCCCAUUUGUGCUCUUGAAUGAAAACAAUACGAUUCCUGGAUGGUCAUUUGAAGGCACAGUCCAGUAUGUAACAGCCGGUCCAACUGUCUUGUUACCAGGGAAUGGACAUGCUAUAGAAUUGGGUCAAGAUGGCAUGAUCAACCAAACUUUUACUGCCAAUAGCGACUUGAUGCAAUACCUACUGACCUUUACCCUUGCCUUGGGUGGUCAGAAUUGUACAAGCAAUGCCAGCCUUAUAGUUUCAGCUCCAGAUAGUGCCUCGGCAUUUUCGUUGAAACAAAACUAUGGGAAGGAAACAUGGGAAAGCUAUGGCCACUACUUGGGCAGUUGGGGUAAUGGAGAGACCAUUAACCUAGUGUUUCAAAGCCAGACAACUGAAUCUGAUAAUGCUUCCAAUUGUUGGCCUGUGGUUGACACUCUUCUGCUCAAGCCCGUCAGGACACUCCUUCAAGGCAAUGAUAAUCUACUACUUAAUGGUGGGUUUGAAUUGGGUCCACAAUUCUUGAAUAACUCUAGUGAAGGAAUUUUACUUGAACCAGAACCAAGUCCUGUGCAAUCUGUGUUGCAACAAUGGUCUGUGACAGGUACUGUUAAAUACAUAGACUCCAAACACUACUUUGUCCCAGAAGGCAAUGCUGCAAUUGAGAUUGUAUCAGGAGUUUCAGCUGGCAUACAAACAGCAAGACCACUCUCAGAAGGUUCAGCGUAUAAUCUGGAAUUCAUGCUGGGAGAUGCUAACGAUUCGUGCAUUGGAGAUUUUACAAUAGGGGUUCAAGCAGGAUCAACGGUCCAAAAUUUUACUCUGCUGAGCAACGGGACAGGAUCAGCGAAGAAAUUCUCUGUGACAUUCAAAGCAGAAUCGAGUCCAACUCCAAUCAGCUUUCUCAGCUACACUACAAGCCAGACUCAAGAUCGCGCCUUCUGUGGUCCUGUGAUUGAUGAUGUUGUUUUGCGUGCUUCGUAUGGCCUGAAACCAUGCCCUUGGAAUAUUCUACUGAUUACUUGUAUUCUCAUGGUAGUUCUGCAAAUCAAUGAAAAGCUACAUUGAUUAAUGUAAUUGGUAUCGUAUUAGUAUUCUGACAUUUUGAUUCUUCUUUCACUAAAAUGAAAUGGAACA